AUGGUAGUCACUGCACAUUUUAUAGAUGAAGAGUGGAAGCUAGUAAGCUACAUAAAAAAAAUUAUCUCUUUUAUCCCUAUCACAUCACACAAGGGUGAGUAUAUUGCAAAAGCACUUGAAACUUGUUUGCUAGAGUGGGGGUUUAGGAAUGUGUUUACUGUGACAGUAGAUAAUGCUUCAUCAAAUGAUACUGGUCUUGGUUUUUUAAAAAGGAAAUUGUUGUCUUGGGGAUCAUCUAAUGUGAAGUGUAAGUAUCUUCACAUGAGAUGCAUUGCCCAUAUUCUGAAUUUGGUUGUUCAAGAUGGUCUGAAAGAGUGUGAUACUGCUGUAAAGAGGGUUAGGGAGGUUGUUAGAUAUGUCAGAAACUCACCUGCUUGGUUGAAUAAAUUUAGGGAUUUGUCAGACUUAAUUGGUAUUGAGCAGAAAUCUUCUUUGUGUCUUGAUGUGCCAACAAGGUGGAAUUCCACCUAUUUGAUGUUACAGUCUGCUGUUAUAUAUCAUAAAGUGUUUGAAGCCUAUGAAGAGAGUGACAAUUCAUUUAAAUCUGAUUUAGGUGAUUCUAUUCUUGAUUUUCUUGAUUGGGAUUCUGUGAACAGUUUGGUGAAAUUUUUGAAAUGUUUCUAUGAAAUGACUAUCAGAAUUUCAGGGUCCUUGUAUGUAACAUCUAACACCUUUUUUUCUGAGAUAUCUGAUCUGUUCUGUAUCUUGAAAAGCAUGGUGGAAGCUGAUGGGGCUGUGAAACUAAUGGGGGCUAACAUGAAAGCAAAAUUUGAAAAAUAUUGGGGUGAUAUAGAUAAAAUGAACUAUAUGAUUUUCUUUGCAAACAUUUUAGACCCCAGGGACAAGUUAGAAUAUAUGCCAACUCAGAUAAAUCAUAUGUGUGGUGAGCUAAAAGGCAAAGCUUACCUUGAGAAUUUGUUGGCUGCUCUGCAUGAAUUGUUUGAUGAUUAUGCUAUCAGUUACAGUCAUUCUGGUUCUGUUUCUGGUUUUGGUUCUAGUUCUGGUUCUGGCUCUGGUUCGGUUAGUCCUUCUAUUGAGACUGUUCAGUCUGCAUCUGCCCCAGUUGGGAGGCCACAAUAUCUGCUGAAGUCCCAAAUUAAGAAACAAAGAAUGGAAAGUGGUGGGAGGAAAAAAACUGAGUUGGAACAUUAUUUAACUGAGGCAAUAGUUGAUGAGGAAAAUUCAUUUGAUAUAUUGAGAUGGUGGAAGGUUAAUUUUGCAAGAUUUCCUAUCCUAUCUAAGCUUGCUAGGGAUGUCUUAGCUAUACCAAUCUCAACUGUUGCCUCAGAGUCUGCCUUCAAUACAUCUGGGAGGGUUUUAGAUCAUUUUAGGAGUUCUUUAACUCCUAAAAUUGUGGAAGCCUUGGUUUGUACUCAAGAUUGGCUUAGGCUGCCAAAUACCCCUCUAUCAAUUGAGGAGAAUCUGGAAGAAUUAGAAAGAUUUGAGAAAGAGUUUAAUGUUGAUGGUGGAAGUACAUCUGGUGGGAGGACUGCCGGUUCUUCACUUGCAACAAUUCCUGAAGAAGAGUAA